ACAAUGCAUUGCGGGAAACGAAAACAGCAGUGAAUGGCGGCGCUCGCUCUCCGCAGAGCGCCUCGGAGCUUCUCAGUGAGGAACAUCUGCUAUCCGGACCGGCAUAUUUUUCCGCUUCUUUCAGGUCGCUUUUUGACUCGAAGAAUGAAGAGAAAUUAAGACGAUAGACGUCUCGACAGCAUGAGGUUGAAGACGAGCCUCGAGAGGUGUCGGUUCGGAGGAAUAUUCCGUCUUUAUUCGGUGAAAUGAGAUGAAGCAGGCUGCUGGGAUUGGCUCAGGUCUGAUCUUUUUCCCUUUUCCCCCCUUUUUCUUCAGUCUCCUGUAAAAGACUGACUCUUUAUUCCGAUCUGGAUUAAAAGAUAAUCGAAUUAAUUGACUGUGUGAUCGAAGAAGAGGAGGAAGAAGAGGGAGAAGAGGAGGAGGAGGCAGGAUUUUUUCUCUUUCCAGCUGGGGAAUGAUAAUAUGUCAAGACGAAAACAGACCAACCCUUUCAAAGUGAAUUGUAGGUAUCACAGGGCCGUUUCACAUGACAGGCUUCUCUGGCCUUCAACACGCUUCGGAGAUGGAGGCGAAAGACGACUUUGCUGAAAACCCCGCAUGCCACAGCGCCGACUGCGGAGACCUGGACGAGCAGGACGGUACCACCGACGAUAGCGACAGCGACUUGGACAAAGAGAACUCCUCCGGUUCCUCGUGCGAUGACAACAUGGCGUGUCACAAGGCGAGCCAGUGCAACGUUCACGGCGGAGGCAUGAAGGAGGAGAGCGAGAGGGAAUCAGACCUGGGGGGUAAUUAUGCGUGUCCCAUCUGCACCCUGGAGUUCGUCAGUCCUGAUCAACUCAUUGCACACGUCUACCAGCACACAUCGACGGUGGGCGGCAAUAAGAGUUACGUGUGUCCGGUGUGUGGACGAGCUCUCGGCUCACCCGGCUCUCUCGGACGUCACCUCCUCAUUCAUUCAGAUGACCGACUGUCCAACUGUGCCGUGUGUGGAGCUCGCUUCACCGACACCAACAACUUCAACAGGGAAAAGCUGAAAGAGUUCCUCAGUGCCAGUGAUUUAGAGAGCGGCAGUGGAGAUCAGACCUGCUCCAUGGUCUCCGUGUCUGAUGGUCACAUGUCCAUCCACGGCGCUAAUCACGGAGCCACCGCAGGCUCGGGUUUCCCCCCGCUCCCGGGAAGCCUCCUGUCCUCUGGAUCUGCGCUGCCCUCUUUCCCAGACACCCUCAACCCGCUGCCGGACUUGUUAAACCCCAUGCCGGUGUAUCCUGCAGGCGUUCUGCUGGUGUGCAACAGCUGUGCGGCGUAUCAGCAGCUGGCGGACAGUCCGUCCUCGGCAAUGAGGAAGUGGGCGACGCGGCGCAGGAACGAACCGGCCGAGGCACGGAUGCAGCGGCUGGAGCGCGAACGCGUGGCCAAGAAGAGCAAGCGUGAGCGCGAGACGCCCGAGGAGCGCGAGCUUAGACGGCUGCGCGACCGCGAGGCCAAGCGCAUGCAGCGGCUGCAGGAGACGCAGGAACAGCGAGCGCGACGGCUGCAGCGAGACCGAGAGGCCAUGCGCCUCAAACGCGCCACCGAGACGCCCGAAAGGAGACAAGCACGGCUGGUGCGCGAGCGAGAGGCUAAGAGACUCAAGCGGCGACUCGAUAAGCUUGAACCGGCGCUGCGCGCACAGAUCGAGCACGAUCCCGCCGCCGUGGCCGCACUUACCGCCGACGUCAACCUCUUCCAGUUCCCCUUCCCUGUCCCCGUCUCCUCCAUGGACAACGGACUGUUUAUGAAGCUGCCCUAAUCCGACUAACACACACGCAGACUAGCAGUGCGUGUCGGAUUUCUUCUUACAUGUAAGAUCGGAUUCUUAUCAAGACUGGUCACAUGAUCACUGGUCAAAAGGUCUAGGUUUAUUUAUAAGCAGGUGAGGUUUGAUCCGAGUUUCAGCCAGAGUUCGCAUAACCGUCUUCUCCUGCGGGUUUUUAGAACCACGGCUGGUGUGUUAGCGGCCGGUUAUAUUUAGUACAACAAGCCUCAGGAGUGAAAAUAAGGCUGGUGGUGAUGUCACAUGAUAUCUUUUUUUAGAGGAACAAACUUCCCUUUGCACAGUUCUAUUUAUUUUUCUGGUGUUUUCGAGCCUCAGUAGCUGUCCUGUUUUCACCUGAGCACAAACAGACACUCCGUUAUUUAUACACCACAGCAGGGUAAAGACUGUGUGACGUCCCUGCCUUAAGAACAAGCAUGUUUUUAGAGAUCUAGUUUGCAUGCGGACCUACAGUCAGGAGGAAGAGAUGUGGAGCCACGCCCUCACACGCCCCGCCCUCUUAUCGGCCGGAGUUUACCUGUAGCUACGACUCCUCCUUCCUGCUGCAGCUCCGAUCCACAGAUUCAACUACCUCGUCUCAGGACUGCUCUGUGCUCCAAACUCUUCUGUCUGGACUGCAGGGACUCGACACACACACACACACACACACACACACACACACACUGAAACAGUGGUUUUGGUGUAAAGCUGCUUUCAUAAGGAUGUCAUAGUAGCUGUCAGAUUUAGAUUUUUAUGCAUCAGAAUUACUAGAAUGUAAUCAUGAAUCAACCAAUAGGAGGCCGUUGGGGGCAGGACUUGAGCAAAAUUCUCAGAAUCAUCCUACUACACAGAACUUCCUAAAUUUUGCUUAUGACUUUGAGCUGAAAUGUUGCAUUAGUUUAAAUAAAAGUUGAAAUAUUAGCAAAUUAGUGCAGUUUACAGGACCUGUUUCAUACAGCGCCAUCUAGUGUCCUGUUCUGGCAUUAUUUAAAACUUUCUGCAUAUUUCUUCUUUUACUGUUCUUACAAUACCCACUAAAUCCUGGAUUCUGAUUGGUUGGAAGGUGUUGAUUAAUUUAAUUCUUUAACAGCAGUGCAGGUUUUUAGCGAUGCACUCAUUCUAAUAAAGAUGGUAGGGAGACGUUUAUUCUUUGUUUAAGGAAGGAGUCCCCAGUGUCGGAGAUCUGGAACGGUCAGACAGUGAAUCUGGUGGUUCAGACAUCAUUGUGAAAGCAGCUUUAUGCAGUGUGCUCUUCUGAUCUGAAAAGAGGAAAUGCCACUGACACACACACACACUCACUCUCUUUCUAUGCUAAAACGGUGGAAACAUGGCGGUCCGCGCUGAACUCCUCUGGCUUGUGGUAAACUCGAAACCUCCAUACAGAACAAAACACACACACACGGGUUCCUUCUUGUCUCAGGGAUGUCGAGGGUGAAGCGGUUUGUCCUGGCAGCCUGAGAGAGAAGAGAAGAAAAAAAAGAGGACAGGAACGAAGAGAAGAAGAAGCUCUUCCUCCUCCUCCUCCACCUCCUGGUGCUCCUCUUUCACUCUCUGCAGUCGAGACCAUUGAGAGAAAACACUGCCUGGUCCUCGCUCUCGCUCUGCUCCUUUCAGCCACAUCCACCUUGUCCGCUGCUUUCUCUCACUUCAACACCUUUGCCAAGGUUUCAGUAAGCUUUUCUCUCCGCCAGCGCUCGUCCGGCUCCGCCUCUCCGUCUGUACCGCGCUCCUGAACUCUCCUAGCGCUGUCCUAGUCGAGUCUCUGUAGAAUGCUAAAUGAAUGCUAAUGUUGCCUUUUGUCACUGGAGAUUUUUUUUCCUUUCUUUAAAAUGUUCUGUUUGUUUUUUAUAUGGAGACAGGCAUGAUUUCAUGAGUUCUGUUUAAAAUGAUGAUUAUUAUUGUGUAGAAAAAAAAUCUAGAUUGCAUGAAAGAUGCGCGAAUGCAGAUCCGAGGCAUGUUUGUGUUCCAUUCGACAUUUGCAUCAGAAGGUAAAUAUUUGAACAGACGUACACAUAUUUAUUAAAGCUGCUGUAAGCGACGUUGGCCGCUGAAGAAAGCCACGCCUUUCCCGAAACGACAGAAUUAUUCUUUAUGAAACAUAAUUGCAAAUAUAUAUUCGCAAUACAAAUCGUAUUUUCCAUGAUUUAUACAUCUAGUAGUAAAAUAUCUGGCAACCCAUUGGAUUUAUUUUUUAUUUUUUUUUAAUGAAAGCAGCUGUUAGCUAUGUUGGCUGCUGACGAAAGCCACACCGAUGAUUUUAUAUAUAUAUAUAUAUAUAUUCGCAAUCGUAUUUUCUAGGAUUCCUACACCCAAUAUUACAAUAUCUGCCAACCCAUGGGAUAUUUUUUUAAAUUAUUAUUAAAGCUGCUGUAAGCGAUGUUGGCCGCUGACGAAAGCCACGCCUUUCCAAAAACUAUAGAAUUAUUCUUCAUGAAACAUAAUUGGAAAUAUAUAUUCGCAAUUGUAUUUUCUGUAUACAACCGAUAGUAAAAUAUCUGGCAACCCAUGGGAUUAUUUUUUUAAAAUUAUUAUUAAAGCUGAUGUAAACGACGUUGGCUGCUGACGAAAACAUCACCUUUCCCAAAAUAUAUAUACAUUGCAAAUUAUAUAUAUAUAUAUAUAUAUUCGCAAUUGAAUUGUCUAUGAUUUAUACACCCAGUAGUAGAAUAUCUGGCAACCCAUGGGAAUUUUUUUUUUUUUUUUUAAUUGUAAAUAAUAAAAUCAGGAAAAUGAGCCUGCUUUAAACUAGCUAGUUUGUCACUGAGAUAGCUAAAAUUCUGAGGAAAUGACCAAGCUAAUCCACACCUAACUGUAACCGAGAUGAAUUUUUAUUUAUUAUUAUUUUUUAAAUAUAUAUCUAUAUAUUUUUUCCUCCUCCCUAUUAUUGUGGACCACCGGGUUUUUACCAGACCUUCCGAUCUCACACCCUCCUCACUUCUUAAGUUCCUCACCCUCGCUAGUCGUCAGAUUUCCCCGUUUUAGCGACGUCGGGAUGUAAAUAGCCGAAGUGUUCUUAAAAGUUGAUUACAGCAGCAGCAGCUUUGGGUAGUGUUUACACGAGUCGAACUUCCCAUCACCUCCUGAGCGAUACCUCUGGAAAAAACAACAGGGUCAUGGAAUAACGUCUGCUUUACUCGUUAAUUCCCUUCUCUUCAUUCCGAGUCAUUACAGGAAAAAAACAAAAGUCUGACAUGCCAGAUGUGGUUUACAGAUGUGUGUUUGUUUGGACGGAUGAUUAAUACAUGGGUUAAAAUAUCACUAUGCAACGAUUCUGUACUUCAAACCCUGUUCAUCUGGACACUUUGUUUUUUUUAUUGUGACUAUGCAGCUGAAAGGUGAUGAAGAUGAAAGGACAAGGGAUUGUUAUGCAGCACACACACACACACACACACACACACACACACACACACACACUCAACUAGACUAGAUAGAUCUCAAAGCCUAUGUUUUGUGGAAACGCCUCAGGUUGUGAUCGAUGAUGAUGAUGUAAAACCUAAGCUUUAUUUAUUAUUUAUUUUGUCCACGCUAAUAUGUUUUCGUUUAAAAACCCGUAUCCGUUUUGCUCUUCAAUCCACACCGAGACGGCGAAAGCGUAUCUUUUUGAAAACGCUCUCCAAAGUGGAUCAGUUUGAGAACGGCGUUUUUUGCGUCGCAGUGUGGAGUGUGAAAACGGAGGCUUUUGAAAACGUUUUUUAGUCACGUGACGCAGUGACCAGUUUAGCUAAGAUGAGGGAUGAUGUUUGUUUCAAAGAGCCGGGAAGUAAAUAAACCCGGACGGAAAUGACGCAGGUGGAAGCGCCUUACGUUUUUCCUCAUGUGCGGUACAGGGACGUAAACGCUUCAGAUGUUUCAGUGUGAAGGACCAACUUUUGGGACGGCCGAUGGGGUCAAGUGCAUCUUUACCCUCUCCUGUCGCUUAUUUGUCUCACGAUUGUUUUGACUUGUUAGCGAACUUCUCUGAGAAUUAGAAUUAAAGUAUUCCCUAUAAAAACAACCCCUCCUUUCUUUAGCGUCUGUUCACUGAUGACCCUGUGAGGCCUUCAACAAACUAAAGGAUCAGGGGUCAGUUCUAUCCUGAGCUCUGAGGAUGCCUCGUGUCCUGUAGAUAUGAGUGCAGAGAGCUCUAACAGCUGAUUGGUUGAAUUUCACUCAGGACAGGAGCUUCUCCAGGACCAAGUCUUAAAGGAACAUCUAAAGAACUCUUAAAGCCACUUAAACCCUUAAAUGGCCGAACGCUGAGGAGCGAAAGUUUUUGAUUCCUACAGCGAUGGAAUUGUAACGGCGCCACCUUCAGGACCGGAGGAAAGUCCACAUGUUAGAUUUUGCACAAAUCUGAGCUCAUAAGGGUCUGAAUAAAGUCCACUGAAUACUUUAAGGCUUAAUCUUUAUUCUUAUUAAUUAUUAUUAUUAAGAACUUGUAACUAAAAUCGUCCUGUUCCUACGUUGAUCUGAAAUCCAGCUGCACUUCCUGUUCUCACCUUAUUUUUAAAAUGAGAGAUCAGAGAUUACACAGGGUUCAAUGAGUGCUGAUGUUAGAGUGUGUGUGUGUGUGUUGUAUGCAUUUAGACAGAAAUGUGACCGGUGCAUGAUGCUCUUUUAUACGCUUGUGUUCUGUUCUCUGCCUGCUUCCUUCUCUAGCUCUGGAUCGAGGGACCUAAUGACAAAUUGCCUUUGUGUCUUUUUUUUUGGUCAAAUACUUUGGUUAGUCUUUCAGGAGAACAACGCUCUUGACCACGUUUACAAAACACACGUCUAACUAACGCCAAAACGACCCACGUGUCUGCGUCAAAGUGGCAUCAAAGCGACGUCGCCGCACGCCUUCCUGCGAUCCCGUUUCACGAAGCCCUGGUCCGCUCGGCUGAAGGAGCCGCAGGAGUGGACACGUGAAACGGGACAGAAGUGAAAAAGAGGAAGCCGUGUUUUUACUUGUCCUUACAGAAAGCCAUUCUCUGUUACUGGAUUAACAGAUUCACAUGUCAGGAUGAAACUGGGAUCAAUAAAACGUUGACCUG